GUGCUGUUUAGUUUUCACUACACAAAAUGUGUCCCGACGACGCCACAACAACAAACAAAGAAGAAAGUUUUUUGAAAAGACGGAUUCGGAUAAAAACCACGUUAAAUAUUUUCUGCAUUGUUAUAUUGAUUGCCAUAGUCACAGCUGUUAUAGUAUUUAUUACCAAAUACCAUGAAGUCAUUGAAAAAUAUCAAAUUGAAGAAAUCAGAUUGGAACCUGACGAAUAUCCACCUAGCAUCAGAGAGGUUUUACGGAACAAUUCUCUAUCUGUGACGGGGAAAAACAAUCUACAAAAUCUAAUAGUACCAGGUACCAAAUGGUGCGGAAAAGGUUCCAUAGCUGUUUCGUACGACGAUCUAGGUGUAGCUCGAGAGGUGGACAUUUGUUGUAGAGCCCACGAUCUUUGUCCAGACAGCAUUGAGCCCGGAGAAACUCGACACGGACUAGAAAAUACAGGAUUUGGCGUUUGGUCACUCUGUGAUUGUGACGAGAAACUUCGCAUGUGUCUAAAAAAUGUCAAUAAUCUUAUUUCCGAUGGUGUUGGAUUUUUGUUUUUCAACGUUCUUGGACCAAAAUGUUUCAAAAAAGAAUAUCCUGUUGUUGGAUGCCACAAAUGCGAAUAUACUACGUAUGCGUAUAAAGAGCGGGACAGAAAGAGAUGCGUGGAGCCCGUGCUUGAUAAAAGCGGUUCUAAAAUAUAUCAGUGUUUUGAUAAUCACCUUUAUUAUUAAUUUGUAAAUAAAUGUUCC